AUGAUAUUAAUCCCCAGGCUGCUGGCACAGAAAAUGCCACUUUAUUCAUUUGUGAAAGUACUGGAGCUAUUCUCUGCUGUUCAUGUAACCAGAACACCACCAAACUUUUCCAGGGACAGGAAGUUGAUUCUGAUGGACCAUUGGUUUGUAAUGGAGAACUCUAUGGAGUGGUCUCAUGGGGACAGGGCUGUGCCGAACGCAAUGCUCCAGGAGUGUACGCUAAAGUCUGUCUCCUGUGCAGAUGGGAUGGCAAUGAAAAAUCAGACUUUUCUUGGUGAUUUUAUCCUCUUCGGAUUCUCGGAGGAUCAUGUCUUGCUGUCUUUUCUCAUGGCGGCGGUCUACACCAUGAUUCUGAUGGGGAACGUUGCUAUAUUUAGUAUUAUCCACAUUGACGGCAAUCUUCAGGCCCCCAUGUAUUUUUUUCUUACCUACCUAUCUAUCCUAGAUAUUUGUUAUUCCACUGUUACUCUCCCUUCUAUGCUAUUUAACUCCAUCACAGGCAACAGAAGAAUUUCCUUUCACAGGUGCUUCAUACAGCUGUAUUUUUUUGUCUCGUUUGGAGGGGCAGAGGGCCUUUUGCUUGCAGCCAUGGCGUACGACAGAUAUGUGGCCAUAUGCAACCCCCUGCAUUAUCCCAUCAUCAUGAACAGGAAGCUCUGCUUCCACCUUGUUGCUGGGUCAUGGGUUUGUGGCUUUUUGAAUUCUGUUCUUCACACUGUGAUGACUUCACAACUUUAUUUCUGUGAGAUUAGGUACGUCAGCCAUUUUUUCUGUGAUGUACCUCCACUGCUAAAGGCAUCUUGCACUGAUACACACACAAGCAAAAUUUUAUUAUACGUUGUCAAUGUUUUUCUAGGAAUGACUACCUUUGUAUUUGUUAUUAUCUCUUACAUACAUAUUAUUUCCACUAUUAUAAAAAUUCGCUCUGCUGCAGGAAGGAGGAAGGCUUUUUCCACAUGCUCCUCCCACCUUAUUGUUGUUACCAUGUUUUAUGUGUCAGGUAAUUAUAAUUAUAUUGGCCCUACACCAGGAGACUCCUUUGACACUGAGCGACUGGCCUCUUUAUUAUAUAGCAUUCUAACGCCUUUACUCAAUCCCUUUAUAUACUGCCUUAGAAAUAAGGAGGUAAAGAGAGCUUUGUAUAAAAAAUUGUUACCUUAUCAAUUUUCAAUAAAAAUCUGA